AUGCUACGACUAGCUGCUCGAACCACUCCCCGCGCCAGCAAAACUCUGGUUCCAUUCACAAGAUAUGCAUCCACCAAUGCCAAAUCUACAUUGAAGUCUCUGAGGGAGACGUUAGCUGAGGUCAUUCCAGAAAAGCAAAAUCAAUUAAAGCAACUGCGAGCCGAACAUGGUCAAGCAGUGCUUGGGGAUGUUAAGGUCGAAAAUAUCAUCGGUGGUAUGCGUGGACUCAAAGCCAUGUUGUGGGAGGCAUCAGUCCUCGACCCCAACGAAAAGGUCUUAGCUCCUGCACAAGGAGGGAAGGAGAUCAUCCCAGAGAGCAUGCUCUGGCUUUUGUUAACAGGGAAGAUUCCUUCAGAAGCACAAGUUCGCGCUCUGUCGAAGGAAUUCGCAGAAAACGGAACAUUGGAUGACAAAACCGUCAAGCUCAUCGACGGGCUCGACCCAUCAAUGCACCCUAUGACCCAAUUUGGUAUAGCUGUCGCGUCCCUUAACAUGAACAGCAAGUUUGCUGCAGCGUACGAGAGAGGAAUCAAAAAAACUGAAUACUGGACCUAUGUCUUGGAGGAUUCGCUCGACCUCAUCGCCAAAUUGCCAAGUAUUGCAGCUAGGAUAUAUUAUAACAUAAAAAAUCCUGGAAAGGCCGGUUCUUCCGACGGUGCAUAUUCAUUAGCUGUGAACCCAAAGUUGGAUCUCGUUGGUAACUACGUGGAGCAAUUGGGACUGGGUGGGAACGAUAGUCUGACGGAGUACCUGAGAUUGUACAUCGCCCUUCACGACUUGGUCGGAUCUGCACUCAGCGACCCUUAUCUAUCAUAUUCCGCAGCUUUGUUUGGAUUGGCCGGUCCUCUUCAUGGACUUGCCAAUCAAGAAGUCUUGAGAUGGAUUCUUGCCAUGCAAAAGACAGUAGGUGAUAAUGCGUCACCUGAGAAGAUCAAGGAGUACUUGUGGUCAACUUUGAAUUCAGGACAGGUUGUUCCAGGUUACGGCCAUGGUGUUCUCCGUAGUCCAGACCCUCGCUUUAUCGCCCUUCAACAAUUCUGCGACGCGAGACCGGAGUUGAGCUCCAGUGCGGUCAUCCGGCUUGUCAAACAGGUGUCAGAAAUUGCCCCUGGUGUAUUGAAAGAGCAUGGAAAG